CGCUGCCCCCGGUGCUCCGAUCCCCACCGCCGCCGCCUCGCGCCCCACCGCUGCCGCCGCCCCACCGCCACCAUGGAGGCCAUCAAGAAGAAGAUGCAGAUGCUCAAACUGGACAAGGAGAAUGCCAUCGACCGUGCCGAGCAGGCGGAGGCUGACAAGAAGCAGGCAGAGGAUCGCUGCAAGCAGCUGGAGGAGGAACAGCAGGGCCUGCAGAAGAAGCUGAAGGGCACAGAAGAUGAGGUGGAGAAAUACUCUGAAUCUGUCAAGGAGGCCCAGGAGAAGCUGGAGCAGGCGGAGAAGAAAGCCACGGACGCUGAGGCUGAGGUGGCUUCUCUGAACCGCCGCAUCCAGCUGGUGGAGGAGGAGCUGGACCGGGCCCAGGAGCGCCUGGCCACCGCCCUGCAGAAGCUGGAAGAGGCUGAGAAGGCGGCAGAUGAGAGCGAGAGAGGCAUGAAGGUCAUUGAAAACAGGGCCAUGAAGGAUGAGGAGAAAAUGGAACUCCAGGAAAUGCAGCUGAAGGAGGCCAAGCACAUAGCGGAAGAGGCCGACCGCAAAUAUGAGGAGGUGGCCCGCAAGCUGGUGGUCCUUGAGGGAGAGCUGGAGCGCUCGGAGGAGCGGGCAGAGGUGGCGGAGAGUAAAUGUGGUGACCUAGAGGAGGAGCUGAAAAUUGUCACCAACAACUUGAAGUCUCUGGAGGCCCAGGCUGACAAGUAUUCCACCAAGGAGGACAAGUAUGAGGAGGAAAUCAAGCUUCUAGGGGAGAAACUGAAGGAGGCUGAGACCAGGGCAGAAUUUGCUGAGCGGUCUGUGGCAAAGCUGGAGAAAACCAUUGAUGACUUAGAAGACGAAGUAUAUGCACAGAAGAUGAAGUACAAAGCCAUCAGCGAGGAGCUGGACAAUGCGCUUAAUGACAUCACCUCCCUCUGAACCCCACACUGGGCACCAGCACUGCACCCCUGCCUGCCUUCCUCCCCCCCCAGCUCUACCAUUUUGCCUGCCCGGCACCCUCUCCACUCCUACUGCCCACUCUGUCCCUACUCUGUCCCCUCUCUGUCCUUCCUGGCCCAUGGCCACUGGUCAACAGGAGUCGGCCUGGGGUAUUCAUAGCAGGUGCCACCCCUGCCCAUGGCAGGGUCUCUUCCAACCCUCUUCUUUAAGUUCUCUUCCAACCCCAGCCAUGCUGUGAUUCUAUUAAUUCUGUGUUCCCACAAGAUGAGGUGUAGGCGCUAUGGGGUGUUAAAGGGGAAGGGGUGCAUCCCCGGGACCCCACACCCCACGGGGAUGUGGGAGGAUGGAGCUAUGCCCAGGGGCCUUGUGUCCCGCAUUUCCCCCCAGCAGCACAAGCACUAGGGACUUGCCCCUCCAGCGCAGCCAUCCUGGUGCUGCAUGCCAGGGGGGAUAUGGGAUGGAGGGGGGUGGUCCUGGUCCCAGGCAGACACCCCCACCACCCGCGCUCCCCUCCCUGCCUUGCCUCUGUCCUUUGCACAUUGCUUUUCAGUUUGCAUUUUGCCUUUCAUGACUUUUUCUUUUCUGUUCUGUCCCUCUGGGUUACUGAGUUGGUCUCAAUAAAGCGUUUUCUCUCCUUGGUUUCUCCUUUGUUUUCUUCAUGCUGCUCUGGUUCUCCACGCUCAUCCUUCAUUUCCUGCCAUCUCAUGCAGGUGCCGGCAGCCGGGGGUGGUCUCAGGGACGCCAGCACAGCUGUGUCCCUACCACCCCUGGCUCUCGGACACAGCUUUCCUCAUUUUGUGCCACCUUCCAGACCCCACCUCCGUGACUCUUUCAGCCUAAAUUCAUAGGGCUAGACCUGGUCUGUCCAUUCCUCAUCUGUGCUCCCAGACAUCACAGCAUCCUCUCAGCACUGACUGGCAUCUGUCCUCCACCACCCUCCCUGGCCGCAGGGGCUGUCCGUGGUGAUUUCUGGUCCCAGUCCUUCCUGAGCAUUCCACCCUACCCCACAGCCACGGAAUUGAUGGACCAGCAGCCCUAUGACUGGCUGCCUCCUCCUUCUGCUUCCCCUACUGCCCCCCAAACAGCCAUGGGGUGCCCAGUGAAGGCUCUCGUGGGCAGUGCUGUCCCUUUGCUAACUCUCCUUUCUCUUUCUCUUCCCACUGCUGCGCUGAUGUCUCUGUUUUCUCUAGAGCGCUCCCGGCAGGAGGCCGAGAAAAACCGGGUUCUCACUAACGAGCUGCGGGUCAUCCUUACCGAACUUAACAACUGAGCUGCGACAGCUCCUGCCCCAGCCCCUGGGAUGCCCCCAGCCCCAGCUGUGUCCCACCCCAUUUUGACCAGGCUGGCUUGAGGCUGUGAGGCCUGUCCGCUCCCCCCUUGGGUGACUGCCCUGCUCAGUGGUAUGGGAAAGCCCUGUGGAGCUGAUGGGAUUAUCCUGGGGGAGGGAUGAAAGCUUUUGCCGUGUUCCAGAAUGUCCAUCAGAUGGUGGCUGUCCCCUGGCAUCAGCCUGGCCCCACUGGGGAGGGACACAGUGCCUUGUGUAUCUGCCUUCCUCCCCUUCCCCAGGCAGCCAACUCUUUCCUAUCCCUCUGGUCACUCGAAACUGAGCAGGGGGAUGCCCUCACAGCAGGAUGCCCUUGCAGCAGAGUGGGCAGAACCCUUGCCCCGUUCCCACCUCUCACGGAAGGAGGAUACCAUCUGCAAGCGAGUGUUGAAGGAGGCUGCCCCAGCAGUGAGCUCAUCCCUGCAGCCUCAUUAGUUCUGCUCCUUCUCUGCUGUCUUCUCCGCCUGACUUUCUGGGCUGCUGUCUCACUCCUCUUCUUCACGGAGCACGUGGCUCGUGCAGCAGGCGCUGGCUCUCCUCUUUUGCAGCCAAGGGUUUGUGCACGUGCCCAUUGUGGCUGGUGGUGAUGGCAGGAUGGGGAGAUGGGGAUGUGAUGAUGGCUGGCUGGAGUAGUACCUGUCAGCAGUGCCCAUGCCACAUAAGGGCUGUCCAUGGGCAACUGGGCACUGUGGGAGGAUGGAGAAGAUAAAGAGCAGGGACCACCUGUCCCUGGGGGUCCCAGAGGGUCUGGGCACAUCCCUGCUGGCACCACACUGAGAUGUCUUCUGUGUGCGUGUGUUUGUGCUUGGUGUGGUGUGCGUGGGUCUGGCUGUGCCUGGAUAUGCUUGUGCUGUGUCUGCGUGUGCAUCUUGCUGUGUGGCUGGGUGUCCCUUGUGU